AUGCUCUAUGUGCCACGCUCCCUCGGACUCUACAACUUCCUGGACAUUUCAGAAGUUAAUAGUCUGGGAAAAUCAGCCCUUCUCGUCCGUUCAUACAAGCCUGGGACGUUGGAACCUCUGCAAGACUUAUCGAUAGUCCCGCAUGUGGAACCUACUCCAGCAAUACCAUUUCAAGUCUCAAAAUUGAUGGGCCAACAGCUCCUAGAUGUGAUUCUGCGACGCCAUCUGGAGAAGUUCUCUUGUUCUGUUGAGAUGGGCACCGAGCUGCGCUCAUUCGAACAGUCCGAUGAGGGUGUCACUGCUAUUCUAGCAAAAAACGGCAUAUCAGAAAGCUUUGACACCAAGUGGAUCAUCGGCGCUGAUGGUGCUAAAAAGCGAAGAGCUUGUCUUCGAGACCAUCGCGUUGCUAAUACCAACAGAGAUCACAACAAGAUGGUCUGGAUGGGCGACUUCCGGGCUAAUAUGCGGAUGGUGAAUAAGUUUGGCGAGGGUCGAGUGUUCGUUGCGGGCGAUGCUGCUCACCCAACGGGUGGUCAGGGACUCGAUUCAGGUGUACAAGAUGCAGAUGAAAACUUGCGCUUGUUCAGAAAUUUAGGGAUCGCUAACAAAUCUCUUCUCGAGACAUACAGUGCCGAGCGUCUUCCUGUGAUCUCAGAGACGCUCGAGGUUACCACCUCGAUUCUCGAUAGGACAAUAACGUCUGGGGAUAUAUCAGCCGGACGAAGUCACAUCCUUUACAUGCUUGGCAUCAAGUGCCGAUUCAGCACCAUCGUACUCGAUGAAUUUGUGGCUUCAGCGAAGCCUAUCGACGCAUAUGGGGUGCUUGACGAGGGGAAUCUGGAGGCUGGGGACGGGGUACCUGAUGCAUCCAAUAUACUGCAGGUGGUGCGCGUAGAGCCUGAUGCGACAACGCUUUUUGGUUUGUACAGACCCUGGUACCACGCAAUACUUGUAUUUGCACUGAGUCUCGCUGAUGCUGCCCCGAUAUUGGUGACGCCUGUCGCAUCUCCUGUUGGCCUCAUUCUUGUUGAUCGAGAGGGCUAUGCUUAUUCGGCUUACCUCGUGGAAGUUGGACAGACGAAAGUGUUUGUGAUACGGCCGGACGGAGUGAUUGGGGCGAUAGUUCAUGGCGUGAAGAAGAUACGUGGCCUCGACGUUUAUUAA